AUGACGCACACGGAAGUUCCCAAGAUGGCGCGUGUUGUGAUCAGACGACGUCGGAGAAGGCAGUGCUGCUUUAUCGUGCUGAUCAAGUCCAGUGUUGGAGGAGCGCGGUGGUUAAAACUGAGGAGCUGCGAGGAUGUGUACCGGAGAGCCAUGGUCGGAGAUGUGGAGACAGUUGAGGGUGAUGACAGCCCGUGCCAGGUCAGCAGAAAGGCCAGUAACAGAGGCCACAUUGCCGAAAGCUCACUCCGAGAUUCCAGAGGCCGGUGA